UUAGCAUGCAAAGUCACGCUGUAACUUUCUAUUCAAUCGACUAUCCCGCUACCCAUCAUUCAUUUAAACAUUUCGCGAUUUUUCGAGAUUAUAUUGCUUUCAGUUCACUUGCUGAGCACAAAAUCAUACUUUCUCCAUUGCUUUACAAGUUGAAUCUAUUUUCGACACGCCAAAAUCACGCCGGUUCUUCAACAAAUCAUUUCAUUCAUCGUUUAUUUUAAUUAUUUGCUUUGAAUUGCAUCAUGUACCGAGUAUCACGAAUUCUUCGAACCGCCACCCAUCAUUUGUCCCGGGUGAAUGGAACACAAACUACAUCGGCCAUUUCAAGCAGCCAUAUGCAUGAAAGUCGUCGUGGAACAGCCAAAGAUAUUAAAUUCGGUGCCGAUGCACGUGCACAAAUGUUGCAAGGCGUUGAUAUUUUGGCUGAUGCUGUUGCUGUUACCAUGGGUCCAAAAGGUCGAAACGUAAUCAUUGAACAAUCAUGGGGAUCGCCGAAAAUUACCAAAGAUGGUGUGACCGUGGCCAAAGCAGUCGAAUUGAAAGAUAAAUUCCAGAACAUCGGUGCAAAACUUGUACAAGAUGUUGCUAACAAUACGAAUGAAGAAGCUGGUGAUGGUACCACGACAGCCACUGUCUUAGCUCGUGCUAUCGCUAAAGAAGGUUUCGAAAAAAUUAGUAAAGGUGCUAAUCCAAUUGAAAUUCGUCGUGGUGUAAUGUCUGCUGUUGAACACGUUGUUGAUAAAUUGAAAUCAUUCUCAAAACCGGUAACAACACCUGAAGAAAUCUCACAGGUUGCAACCAUUUCGGCUAAUGGUGAUCGAAAAAUCGGUGACCUUAUUUCGGAUGCAAUGAAAAAAGUUGGUCGUGAUGGUGUGCUUACCGUCAAAGAUGGAAAAACACUUUCUGAUGAAUUGGAAGUAAUUGAAGGAAUGAAAUUCGAUCGUGGAUAUAUCUCACCAUAUUUUCUUACAAAAGGCAACAAAGUUGAAUUCCAAGAUGCCUUGUUGUUGAUUACAGAGAAGAAAAUUUCCACUGCUCAAUCAUUGAUACCAGCUUUGGAAAUGGCCGUCAAUCAACGCAAACCAUUAGUUAUUAUUGCCGAAGACUUGGAUGGUGAUGCAUUGACAACAUUGAUCAUAAACAAAAUCAAAAUCAAUCUACAAGUUGCCGCUGUGAAAGCACCCGGUUUCGGUGAUAAUCGCAAAAACACUUUACAUGAUAUUGCUAUCGCCACCGGUGGCAUUGUUUUUGGAGAUGAUGCAAACAUUCAUAAGCUUGAAGAAAUUCAGCAUAAUGAUUUCGGACAAGUUGGUGAAGUUACCAUCACAAAGGAUGAUACCCUUCUACUCAAGGGAAAAGGAAAUAAAUCUGAAAUUGAAAAACGUGUACAACAAAUUCGUGAAGAUAUCGAUAAUACGAAUUCCGAAUAUGAAAAAGAAAAAUUCCAGGAAAGAUUAGCACGUCUAUCCAGUGGUGUUGCUGUAUUGAAAAUAGGUGGCUCUUCCGAACUUGAAGUGAACGAAAAGAAAGAUCGUGUCACUGAUGCUUUGAAUGCAACUAGAGCAGCCGUUGAAGAAGGUAUUGUUCCAGGUGGUGGUGUUGCCGUACUCAGAUGCAUCAAAUAUUUGGAUGAUCUUAAACCUGAUAAUGAAGAUCAAAAAAUCGGUAUUGAAUUGGUACGAAAAGCAUUGAAACAACCAUGCAUGCAAAUUGUACAAAAUGCCGGUGUCGAUGCUUCGGUUGUUGUAAACAAAAUUCUCGAAUCCGAUGAAAUUAGUUUUGGUUAUGAUGCUCUUAAUGAUCGAUAUUGUAAUUUAAUUGAUGCCGGUAUAAUUGAUCCAACUAAAGUGGUCCGAACCGCAUUAAUGGAUGCUGCAGGUGUCGCAUCAUUGUUAACCACUGCCGAAUCGGUUAUCUGUGAAUCACCCAAAGAAGAAGGUGCUAAUCCAAUGGCUGGCAUGGGAGGAAUGGGCGGCAUGGGUGGUAUGGGCGGUAUGGGCAUGUAAUAUCACAACCAUUUAUGAUCGCUUCAUGAACUUCCAAAAACAUCGCAUUUUUA